AUGGCACUUCGACUACGUGGUGGCAACCUUGGUGUCGAUUUUGUUGAUUUAAGUGAUGGAAGUGGUUUGAAAAGAUUAAAUUGGUCAACAAGUGCACCAGAAUGGCUUAUAGCUAGUCCAGGAUUGUGUUUAGAAGGACAGUGUACUAAUAGAAGCUGUAAAGCAUAUUCACAGACAGUUAUAAUGAACAUAAGAUUCAAGAAAUUCGAUAUGCUUUUGGGUGUGAAUGAGACAACUUGCAAAUGUCCGAUGUGCCAGAAAUAUGUUAAACCAAAAACAUGUGCAUUCAACCGAUGUUGGUGGUGUUGGAAAGGUGUUAAAGAAGGAGGGGCAGGUGAACCACCAAAGCCGUGUUCCGGCAAUUGGAAAGAAGCUGAUAAUGCAUAUCACCGUUUUGACGAACAGAUAAGUGGUAGUGUCACUUGGCGACAACUUAUCAUAGAAGCUGUGGAAAAUAAACCGUGA